ACCUUCCAUCUCUUCCUCCCUUUUGCCUUUCCCCAGAUCAUCUAACGGCCUUCUCUUUUGUCUUAAGGUGAGGCGGCCGAAGGUUUGCCGAGAGUAAAUGGCGACGCAGCAGAAUGAGGGGCAGACACUCAAGGUGCUCAACGCCCUCGAUCUCGCCAAGACGCAAUGGUACCAUUUCACGGCCAUUGUCAUCGCCGGGAUGGGCUUCUUUACCGAUGCCUACGACUUGUUCUGCAUCUCGCUGGUCACCAAGCUGCUCGGCAGGAUCUAUUACUUUGAAGGCAACCCCAACCGGCCGGGGUCCUUGCCUCCUAACGUGUCCUCGGCCGUCAACGGCGUCGCCCUUUGCGGCACCCUUGCCGGUCAGCUGUUCUUCGGGUGGCUCGGCGACAAGUUGGGGAGGAAGAAGGUGUACGGCCUCACCCUUGUACUCAUGUUCAUAUGCUCCAUUGCUUCUGGUCUAUCGUUCACUACCAACCCCAAGGCCGUCAUGACCACCCUCUGCUUCUUCCGUUUCUGGCUGGGAUUCGGCAUCGGCGGAGACUACCCGCUCUCUGCUACCAUCAUGUCUGAGUACGCCAACAAGAGGACCAGAGGGGCAUUCAUCGGUGCAGUCUUCGCCAUGCAGGGGUUCGGCAUCCUCUUCGCCGGCAUCAUCUCCAUCGUCGUCUCUGCCGCAUUCAAGCACCACUACCCGGCGCCAGCGUACGCGGUGGACAUGGUGGGGUCGACGGUGCCGGAGGCCGACUACGUGUGGCGGAUCAUCUUGAUGUUCGGCUGCCUUCCGGCAGCACUGACGUGGUACUGGCGGAUGCAGAUGCCGGAGACGGCGAGGUUCACAGCGCUGGUGGCUCAAAACGCACAGUUGACGGCCACCAACAUGCAGAAGGUCAUGAAAGUGAACUUCGACGAGCAGUUGGAUAUGGUGGAGGAGGAAGAGAGGCUGAGGAAGGUUGCCUCGAAGGAGAGCUACGGCCUUUUCAGCAAAGAGUUCAUGAAGAGGCACGGCAGGCACCUGGUAGGAACUACCACCACGUGGUUCCUCCUUGAUAUUGCCUUCUACAGCCAGAAUCUCUUCCAGAAAGACAUCUUCUCCGCCAUUGGGUGGAUCCCCCCAGCCAAAACAAUGAGCGCCAUACAAGAAAUAUAUAAGAUCGCCCGGGCUCAGACCCUUAUCGCCCUCUGUGCCACCAUUCCCGGCUACUGGUUCACCGUGGCGCUCAUUGACGUUAUCGGUCGAUUCACCAUACAGCUCAUCGGCUUCUUCUUCAUGACUGUCUUCAUGUUCGCUCUCGCCAUCCCCUACGACCACUGGACCAAGAAGGAGAACCGCAUCGGCUUCGUAGUCAUGUACUCCCUCACCUUCUUCUUUGCCAACUUUGGCCCCAACGCCACCACCUUCGUGGUUCCGGCAGAGAUCUUCCCGGCAAGGCUGAGGUCGACCUGCCACGGCAUAUCGGCGGCCUGUGGCAAAGCUGGUGCCAUCAUCGGUGCAUUUGGAUUCCUGUAUGCAGCGCAGAAUCAGAACAAGGCCAAGGCUGACCCAGGAUACCCAGCAGGUAUCGGUGUGAAGAACUCCCUUAUCGUGUUGGGUGUGACAAAUGCACUGGGCUUCUUCUUCACCUUCCUCGUGCCAGAAUCCAAGGGCAAGUCCCUUGAGGAGAUGACCGGGGAGGCUGCUGGCGAUGAUGUAGAGCUCAAAAGUAAACAACGAGCUCUUCCUGUCUAAGUGGCUGCAAUUUUCUGUCAAUUUUGAAGUCGUGGGUUCAGUUUUUCUCCUUUCCUUCUCAUCGUUUUGUGUUUGCUUCUUAUUCAUAGCGUGCAGAGAAUUGGCAUUGUUCCGAACUCUUGUUGAGAAACUUUGUCACUUAAGUGGUUGUAUUAACAUGAAUAACAUCUCUACACAAA